AUGUCUGAAAAAAUCAUCCCUACUGAAGAAGAGUUAAUUUCAGCUAUCAAGAGCAUUAAACUUGAGCAGCCUGAAGCUGGUAUCAAGACAGUCACCACGCAAAUUCUUGCAGCUAAGCCUGAGUGGCAAGUAAGCGAGAAACGUGUCAAAAAGUAUAUGCAGUCCACUGGCUUGACCAAUUCAACCACCACCAAACAACCUGUCAAGUCAGGUCUUGCAGACGACCCUUCAGUCCCUGUCUCUUAUAUCGAUCCUAAGCUUGACUUCAAGUCUGUUUCCGACUGUGUCGUGGCUCGUAUGGUCGACCCUGUGACAGGCAAAGGUCUGUUUGCUGCUCGAGACAUCAAAAAAGACGAAAUCUUAUUUACCGAGACACCUUUUACUUACUUUCCUCCUUGGGAAGGCUAUCAAUUGGCUCGUAAUGGCAAUGCCUGUGGUCUCUGCUGUAAGCCCUUAUUGUAUCCUAACCGUCUAACACAACACUGUGGUCACUGCAACAUGUAUUAUUGUAGUAAAGAAUGCCGUGCCAAAGCAUGGGAGAGUUUCCAUCAAUUAGAAUGUACUCAUUUAAACAACAAGAUUGGAUCCUUUAUUGCAUUUUGUGAGAUUGAGAAAUGGCAAGCACCUAUGGCUGUUUCUCGUAUUUACGCCCAAUUGAUUUUGGCCCAUCAGCGCGGUGAAUUAGAUCAAGUCAUGGGUCAUUUAGAUGCCUUUGCUACUGUGUCACAAGAAGAACGUCAAGCCAAAGAAACAGAAUGGAUUUUUAUGGAAGGACCUACCCGAGAAUUAUGGACCAAGGCACGUGACUUGUUGCGUGCUGCUUAUAAAGUGCCACCCAAGAAAUGCAAGAUCACAAAGCCUUUGCCUGACAGUCUAUUGACAUCGUUAUUUGACGACGAAGCUACCUUUUUAAACUAUUUAGGUAAAUUCAACAUCAACAAUCAAAACGGUGGCAUGUAUCUUGUUCAUUCACACAUCAACCAUAACUGUUAUCCUAAUGUCAGUAUUGACUACCCUCAAAAGCACUCACAAUACAAGAUUACAGUUCGCGCUAUUCGAGAUAUCAAAAAAGACGAACAAUUGUACGAAACCUAUGUCAAUCCUCGAUGGAAUAAGGAAACCCGUCAAACUUAUUUAGACAAGUCUUAUUUGUUUACCUGUCAAUGUGACCGUUGUAAAAAUGAUACACCUUUGACAGACGAAUUGCGUCAAGGUCUUCGAUUAAGAAGCGAAUAA